UGUCUUGUAGAUUCGGUGUUUGCUAGGGUUUUAUUAAGGUGGUAUUUUUACAUGAAGACCAGAAGAUUAUGGCAGCACACAAACACAAAAUGUCCACAACAAACGCUGUUUUAUCUUCACAGGAGGAUUAUAAGGGAAGGUUCUAGCCUCGUUUUAUCCCGUUCUCUUCCUCUCCUCUUUUUUGCAUCUGAUAAUUGUGUAGUACAAAAGAAAACAGACCCUAAUCUCACUUUCCAUUUGCAAGCCGUGCAAACGUUGACAAAUACCUUCCGAGCCUGUCACUUGGUCUGUGAAUCAGGAGAUGAUAACGCCUCACUUAAGAGCUGUGAUGCGGCAAUGAAGAAAUAUUUGUGAAAGGGAAAUACACGUGCUCUCAGUAAUCAGUGCUUAUAUCCUCCUCCUCGUCAGUGAACACGCCCAUGUUUAAUAAGAAGCGCAGCCAAACAACACUUCUCUCGUCUGCCUUCCUCGCUGCACUGUGAGCGUCUGGAGACUAGUCCUAUCUGCUCCAACAGCAGGGACUCUGCUGGCCGACUCCUCCCACGUUGCCUGUCCAGGACCGAGAGAGUGUUUAGGUUUGAAAACCUAGGCACUCGGCCCAGAGCGUCCUAACCCAACCAGGCAGACGCAAGACCCGCCCGGGCAACCGCAGCCCAGGCUCCGCCCCCCUGCCGUCAUUGGCCCAUUCAAUUCACGCUGAGCACCAAUGGGCGGAGGCGGCGGCCGCGCAGUCUGAGGGAGCUGCGGGAGGCGUGCGCAGCGAGCGGCGGCCUCAGGUGGAGGGAGUCGAGGCGCUCAAAACGCAGCCGUGUCCCGGCGCCCCGAGCUGCGAUGAGCACCCCAGCCGUGCCCUGCGACCUGCAGCUGCCCCCGAGUCAGAGGGCCCAGUCCGCGUUCAGAGAGCAAAGAAGACAAAAACUCAAGGAACAACUCUUAAAAAGAAAAUCUUUUUUUGCAUCCAAACAGGAAAAUCGGAUAUUAUCCAGUAGUAGGGACCAGAAAGUGAUGACAUCUGAGGACCAGAUCCGAGAAGAGACAAAAGCACUGAAACUGAAAACAAAAAUGGCUAAUAAAGAAAAUGUCAGUAGACCUACAGGAAGCAAAAAUAAUUUGACAAUGGGAAAAAAUUGUAUUCCUUUAAAACCUUCUAAUGAAUUAACCCAUUCAACUUUAGCAACUGAUACACAUAAUUUUGAGGAUCAUAAUCAAACUCUGCAGUUGUUACCAAUUAAAGAUGAUACCCAAAAUCAACAUAUGACAUUAAGCCAAGCAUUUCACUUCAAAAACAAUAGUAAAAAGAAACAAAUGACUACGGAAAGACCAAAGCAAGAUGCUAACAUGCCCAAGAAACAUGUGCUUGGAUCUUAUCGUGGCCAAAUUGUUCAGUCUAAGAUUAAUUCAUUUAGAAAACCUCUACAAGUCAAAGGUGAGAGUUCUGCAACAACAAAGGAACUUGCAACUACUGUCUCUAAAGCCACUAAGCCUCAGCCUGUCAACACCAGCAGUGUCCCAGUGGAUACUGGCAGAGCCUCAUCUGUGAUGAUGACUACUAAGUUUGUGAGCACUACAUCUCGGAACAGACAACUUCUGCGACCUCCUAUUAGAAGUCACCAUGAUAAUACCCAAAACACCGUGAGGCAAGGCAUCAGCAGAAGCUCUGCCAAUGUUACCUUUCGGAAAGGGCCUCAUGAGAAAGAAUUAUUAAAAGUAAAUUCAGUUUUAUCCAGUGUCAAAACCAGUUCUUCUCAGGAUGUAAAAAGAAGUAAGACACUGUCAAGAAGCAUGACAUCUGAAAUUGUAGUCAGGCCUGCUUCCAAUACCAAGAUGAUAGAAAAGUCAAAAACCACUGACCAGCGCAGACAUACUAUAGCAAAAGCAGCUAUUGAUAGUAGAUUGGCUCAGCCCAAAGAAACUGCAGAAGAGAGAAAAGCUCGUCUGAAUGAGUGGAAAGCUAGCAAAGGAAAAGUGCUGAAAAGACCUCCCAACUCAGUAGUUACCCAGCCUGAGCCCAAAGACCAAAGUGAAAGGCCUGUUGGGUCCUUUUGGACAACCAUGGCAGAAGAAGAUGAACAACGGUUAUUUACUGAAAAAGUAAACAAGACGUUUUCUGAAUGCCUAAACCUGAUUAAUGAGGGAUGCCCAAAAGAAGAAAUAUUGGUCACCCUGAAUGACUUGAUUAAAAAUAUUCCAGAUGCCAAAAAACUUGUUAAAUAUUGGAUAUGCCUUGCACGUAUUGAACCACUCACGAGUCCUAUUGAAAAUAUUAUCGCAAUCUAUGAGGAGGCCAUUCUGGCAGGAGCUCAGCCCAUAGAAGAAAUGCGACAUGCAAUUGCAGAUAUUCUAACAAUGAAGAGUCAAGAAAACUUUAAAUUUGGAGAACAUAUUGAGGAGGCUUGCGCAACCAAGGACCAAACCCAGGAAGUCAACGUUGAAGAUAUAGAUGUUAGCCUAGAGUCAGGGAGACUGGAAAUGGAAAAUAAACAUCAUAGAAGUGUGGUAUUUCAAGAUUGUGAAAAAGAGCAAGGUGACAAGACAAAAGAUGCAACCAAUGAUGUUAAAACCCCCAGUACAGAAACAAGGGCGGGUUGCUUGAUUAAAUACAACGUGUCUACUACACCAUACUUGCAAAGUGUAAAAAAGAAGAUACAGUUUGAUGAAACAAAUUCUACAUUUAAAGAGCUGAAGUUUCUAACACCAGUUAGACGUUCUCGCCGUCUUCAAGAGAAGACUUCUAAAUUGCCAGAUAUGUUAAAGGACCAUUAUCCGUGUGUGUCUUCGUUGGAACAGUUAACAGAGUUGGGAAGUGAAACUGAUGCUUUUGUAUGCCGCCCUAACGCAGCACUGUGCCGGAUGUACUCAGAGUCCGAAAUAACAGAAGAGAAAUAAAGCUACAAGAAGGAAUGAGGUGGUGGUUAUACCUGCGGUAUUUUGUUUGUUGUGGCUUUGUAUGUCUCUUAGGUGAGGAGCUGGUCAAGUAUCUUAAGUAUUCGUGGCAGUGAGCUCUUUACUAACAUUCACAUUAUAGCAGGUGUUGCCUUCUAGGCAUCAGAAAGCUUUCUUGACUGCCUUGUCAGUCUCAACAAACUGAGUUCUUCUCUAAGACAGGUAAAUUUUGUCAACUAGUUUACUAUGUUUCUUAAAUAUAAACAGGUUUCAUCAUAAUAUUAGCUUAUUCACUUUACUUUUAGUAGUUCUAAAUGACAGAAAAAUUAUAACUCAUUAAAUAUAAGUACACUAAUGCCACAUCAUCAGAAAAUGAGGAAUUCUAAAUAAAAUUUAUAUUUUUGCAUGGC